AAUUUUUAAGUACAUCGCAGUAUUGCACUCAGGGGACACUAAAACCAUUUAACCAUCGAACAGAGUUUAAUAACACAGGAAGGCUUUGUGGUCGCAAUCUGUAGAUUCAUACAUUUGGAUUAUGCGCAAGGAUUUGUGGGGCUCGGCGAACAUUCCUCAACUUGUUUUAGUUUAAGUAAAUAAAACGCAUUUAUGCGUGGUGGCUACCGAUAUGUCGCUGGUUGUUUGCAAACCUACACCAACAGAAUCAUGUUCUUAGUUGCUCAGCUCUCGGUUCUCUUUUCAGUCGGCCGAAAGAUCAAACGCUCAGGCGGGACAAAGCUGUGUUACAUUUCAUUGUUAGCAAGAAAAGCAUGGUUAAAGAUAGCUGCAGCAUUAUUAACCAGAGCUAGGUCAACAACACCCUCUGCAGGCAUAACCGGAUUUAUCAAAUGCAUCUGCCCACAGAUAGAGUUUCGGUAGCUAGUGUUGUUAGCCUAACUGCUAUUUUUUAAUGAAGGAUACAUGGUUGUUUGAAGACAGGAAAGACGUUUCUGUAACAAUCGGUUACAUUGUUGCAGUGCUCAUGGAAAAGCACGGUUACUUUUAACUUUCACAGCAAGGUCCUUCAGGAGAUGCCAUGGCAACAUAUAGUAGGUGGGAGCUGUUCCAGGAGUUGGCAGUGGGCUGUGUGCUCCCCGCUGCUCAGCAGGGCUUUGAUCAAGUAUGGCAACUCCUUUUUGUAUGCCUGCUGUGUCGCUUUCUCUUCAGGACAGGUCUGCCACCCAGUGUGAAACAUCUGUGCUCUUUGGCUGCAGGGCUCUAUGUCCUGUACCAAUUCUUUGAGCUGCACAUGGUUUGGGUGCUGCUGCUGAGUGUCCUGUGCUACCUCACCCUCUUCCUGGUCUGUUACUCCAACAGCCGUGGUACCUUCCUCUCCCUCGCCAUCCUUAUCUAUCUUCUCGUGGGGGAGCUGCACUUGGUGGAUGCCACAACCUGGCUAAAAAUAAGAGGUUCCCAGAUGGUGGUGGCGAUGAAGGCUAUCUCACUGGCCUUUGAUUUAGAUAGAGGGGUCAUUUCUGCUUUUCCUUCGCCUCUGGAAUUCAUGGGCUACGUCUUGUUUGUGGGCACCGUCAUUUUUGGUCCCUGGGUCAGCUUCACCAGUUACAAAGAUGCGCUCGAUAGCCGCAAGUUGAAAUUUUCUUGGUUUGCAAAGAUCUCUGGGAGCUGGGUGAAGUGUCAGCUCUGCUUGGUAGUGUCCACUUGCAUUGCACCAUACCUCUUCCCAUACCUGAUCCCAGUCGAUGGAGGGGAAUCUCUGAACAGGUGGCUUGAUGCCUAUGAGAAUGCAGUGUCCUUUCACUAUAGUCACUACUUUGUGAGCUUCCUGAGUGAAACCACCACCACCCUGGCUGGAGCUGGCUUCACUGAUCACAAGGACAAUGUCAAAUGGGACAUGACUGUGGCCAACCCUGUUAAUGUGGAACUACCCAGAUCCAUGGUAGAGGUUGUGACAUCCUGGAAUGUGCCCAUGUCUCGUUGGUUGAAUACAUAUGUCUUCAAAAGUGCACUUAAACUGGGAACAUUUCCUGCCAUUUUGGUGACCUACACAGCCAGUGCCUUACUGCAUGGUCUCAGUUUCCACCUUGGCGCAGUCCUGUUAUCUCUUGGGUUCAUCACCUAUGUGGAACACGUUCUUAGAAAGCGCUUGGCUGCCAUCUUCAGUGCCUGCAUCCUGUCAAAGAGUUGUCCACCUGAUUGCAAUCAUCAAAACAAGAAGGCUCUGUGGGUGUUUGGGAUCAAUAUAAUCUUUAGUACUUUGGCCAUUGUCCACCUGACCUAUCUGGGCUCUAUGUUUGACACUGAUAUGGACAACAUGGAUCCAGGAGAGGGUUACCUGGCCAAUCACACCAUCCAAAAAUGGUCGGAACUGAGCUGGUUGAGCCACAAGGUUAUGUUUGGCUGUUUUGUGUUCUACUGGCUCAUAUGAACGUCAUCAGUCGACUUCCUACGAAUACACUCCCUACAGAGAAUGGCAGAAGCUUGUGACUCAUUGGCUGACUUUCUACUCAGUGAAGAAUACUGCAUCCCUUACACUUGAGUCAGCCAGUGUCACACAUCAGUCAUGUAAAUCAUGUCUGAGCCUCUCUUUCAAUAGUGUAGGUCAAAUGAAUGUACCUUACUGAAAGUAUGCAGUCAGUUGACUGGGAUAUUGGGUCACUAAUAGUACUCUGUUACAGUAUAUACACAAUUAGAUUCACAGAUUAUUGGAAAAAUCUGGAAUGGAUCUAAUUUGUAUUUCUUAAAACUUAAAACCGUAUCUACCAUUUUCAUUAGAACUAUUUAUUUUUCUAUUAAAUGCUCGUUUCUA